AUGCCAGGAUCUACUUCCAAUCACCCAACCACCAACCUCCCUCAAUUCUCCAUGCCUGAGUGCAUUGAGAAAGGCAGAUAUGACGAGAAAGGCGCACCAAAAGGAGUGCUCAUGGCCGAAUGCUUAAUCGUGUCUCAUAUCUUGCAUGUAAAAGCGGAACACGCCACAGACAACACGUCAUCAGUCGCUGUCAUCGCCGACGAUCUUCGUCGCUUGACCCUUGAUACAGAUGUACCAGUCAAUAUUUCUCCGAGCUUGACAGUUUGUACUGUCGAGCUCAAACCUGACACAGUACCUGUCUUGAAAAAGGGAUGCAAUCGACGCACCGCGAAGGCAUUGGUUGUCCUUGACAACAUCGAGUCUCGGAUCCAGCAAUGCUUUCACUUGUUGCUGCAUUCUUGUAGCAUUGAUCACGUUGGUCGCGAACUACAUUUACUUCGUAAAGCCAUGCAAAAUGUCAUUCGGCAGACCGAUAUUGUAAUUGCACGAAAGAAGGCGAUCGAAUCGCAGAUAGACAUAUUGGCAACCCAGUGCAGCAGUCAUGAGCCAUCCGAUGAUACACCCAUCGAGAUCAAUAUCGAUACCCUUCCGCAAGAUCCAGUGAACGAGUUAGAUGAAAUCACUCAAAUUGUUCUCUUCCUUGGCGUUGCAUGCAGAGUUAUCAUAGGGAUAACAGCCUCAACCCCUCCCACACAAAUAUAA